GGUGCGUUGGUGAGGCUGGUCUGGCCAGGCCGUGCUCGGCAGUGGCGGACCGCGUCAGUGGCGUAGUUGUCGUGGUUUCGUGACCGGCGUGACGCCGUGGCACCGUGACGCCGCCGCCGUCGCGUGUCGCCGAGGGUCCGAGGGUUCGUCCCGCUCGUCCUCGUCGCCGCCCCGCUCGGGCGCACUGGUGCUGCAGUGCUGCCGCUUCGGCCGUCGUCGUCGCCUUCGCUCGGAGCCUCUGCGCCGUCGCCCACCACAACUGCGCCGCGAUCCAGGGUGGCUUGACCGCUGUCGCCCAGGAUGAGAACGCGACGCGGCCCGGCAAGGCAGCCAAGGCCCCGCCACUGGUAGUGCACUGGCCUGCCUCCGCCAUGCCGCUCGAGGCCGGCGCCGGCGUGGCUCGCGUGGCUACGCCACCGCUUGCAGCCCUGCUGGUCGCUGCCCUGCUACUGGCCGGCCUGCCGGACUCCCAGCAGCAGCCGCAGCAGCGCGACAGAGCCGGAUGCCAAGGGGAGUGCGUGGCCUCGUCGCGCUGCCCGGAGGACCAGCGGCACCUCCCUGACGCCGAUGGCCCUGGCGGCCCUGGCGGCCCUGGCGGCGCGCACUGCCCGGAGCGGCUGGUGUGCUGCACCCGCGGCGACGACAGGGAGCGCGUCAGCAGGCGCAGCAUCGGCGGCAAGCCGCAGACCAAGGGCGCGAUGGCAGCGUCCUCCACCUCGUCCUCGCUGCAGACCACGUCGGACUCCCCAGUGGCCCUGGCGCUGACGCUGCGGCCCGGCACAGCGCCGGCACUGGUGUGGCCGCCCGCGAGCUCCAGCCACUCCAGCGAGGCCAGCGAGGCCAGCGAGCCCGCCGUGGCCAUCCCAUUGCUGCCGCCCGUCAACGCCCCUCAGCCGCCAGCCCCCACCGUGCCCCCCGCCCCUGUGUCCAGCCAGAUAGCGCAGCGCUCCGGCGGGCCCCGGCAGGACGCCGCCGACGCGGACGUCUGGUUCCCGGAGUCGCCGUCGCCGCCCAGCAGCGCACACCGCCCGCCCACGGCGUACAACCGGCCCUCUGAGGACGCCGCCAAGCGGCCCGGCGACUUCCGGCCGCACGGGUUGUUCACGACGACGACGAGGCGAGGCCAGGACGCCGCUGCGGACUCGACGCGCCGCCCCUUGAGGCGGCCCGGGUGGCCGCACUGGCAGCACGACAACCUCGGGGACAAGCGAGUGCCGGACUCCCUCGGCGACGGCAUGGCCACCAACAGCAGGCUGCACUUGCACGUGGAGGCCGAUGACGAGGCGACGUCCAAGAUGCGGCCCUCGGACGCCACGCCCAGCGUCCCCAGCAGGACGGGCUGGGGGGCCAACCAGUUCGACGGAAGGUCCACGACGGCGCAGUGGGGGACGCCACAGCCCAAGCGCACUGUCUCCAGGACGCCCCGCGUCAGCGAGAGAAAGUGCGCCGAGUUCGCUCGCCUGCAGACCGAGCGUGUCGUGGCGCUGCCGCUGGUGCCGGACCCCAAGCCCUCGGUGCAGCACGUCCAGAAGUGCGACACCAACUCCGUGCCGCUGGUGGUCGGCGGCAGCGACGCGCGCCUCAACGAGUUCCCGCACAUGGUGGCGAUCGGGUACCGCGGGCCUGCACCCAGCUCUCGCAUCGAGUGGAACUGUGGGGGCUCCCUCAUCAGCGAACUGUUCGUGCUGACAGCGGCGCACUGCACGGCCACGGCGCAGGGCCCCCCGAUCCGCGUGCGCCUGGCCGAGCACAACCUGGAGUCCAAUGAGGACGGCGCGCGGCCCGUGGACGUGGCCGUGUCCAGCAUGGUGCGGCACCCUGGCUACCAGCCGCCGGCGCGCUACCACGACAUCGGCCUCCUCCGCCUCGCCCGGAAAGUGCCUUUCGGCGCCACCGUGCGGCCCGCCUGCCUCUACACCGAGGACGAGGACACCUUCGCCAGCGAGCCGCUCGUCGCCACGGGCUGGGGCCACACGGAGCAGCUUGGUGAGAGGAGCCAGGUGCUGCAGAAAGUCAUCUUGAACUUCGUGGACCAACGCACAUGCAGCUCUCUGUACUCCGCGGACUCGACCACCUCCAGUCUGUCCAAGGGAAUCGUCGCGGACUCCCAGAUCUGUGCUGGCGUCCUGGAGGGAGGCAGGGACACGUGCCAGGGUGACUCUGGAGGACCGCUGCAAGUCACAAGCCACAAUAAUCAAUGUGUGUUUCACAUUGUAGGCAUAACUUCCUUUGGGAAGGUGUGUGCAGCUCGCAACUCUCCCGGUGUAUACACGAGAGUAUCCAAGUACAUUCCCUGGAUAGAAAGGCACGUGUGGCCAGAGGAAAGAUGACAAAUUUCCAUUGAAGCCUUUGCUUGCCUUGACAAAGAACAAAGCAGAAAUUGAACAUCUGCUUUAUAAAAUGGUGCAUUUGAUCUCUCCAAGAUAUGCCCAUAAGCAUGAGAUUUUAAUUUAUUAUUCCAGUGACAUUUCCCUUUGUAGAACGUAAUUAGUAUUAGAUAGGACUUAAGUGUCAAUAAAAAACCAUUUGCCAAAUAAAGUCAGUAGAAAUUUAA